CGCCCAGCCGGUGUUGCUUGUUUCGCCUUGUUGACUUUGGCGGGCCGGCGGCGCCGCCCGCCCUGGGGCCGGCGGGCUCCUUGUGUUGCACGCCCCUCCCCUGCUCAUGCAUUUGACAUCUGGCGCGCGCUCCUCAGUUUGGUGUUAUUGUUUUGCCAAAACUUGCUGUGGCCGCAGCUGCUUGAGGAACGUACUUAGGUGUCAGUCGCGCGCGCUCAGAUUACACAUCGACUCGGUGUGGCGGCACACCUUGUGUGUGUGAGUGUGGUCUAUUUACCACGAGCGGAGGACUCCUUUUGGUUAUGAUUCCAUGUCUUCUAACCGCUUGGCAGUAU